UUUUGAUUUUUGAUAGAUAUUUCUUCAGCUCAUUCACUCUCCAUACUCAGAGGCCGACGCCAUGAGAGCUGCCACUCUCAUCCUCCCUCCGCCGCCCUUCGCUCUCAGAACUCUCGCCGCUGCCGCCGCCUCGCCGUUCCUCCACUAUCCGUCGCCCCUCGCUUUCCCAAUCCUUAAGCUCAGACCCGCCCUCAGCCCCCAAACCCCGCCGCCAAACAGCCCCUUCGUCGUCCGCGCCGACGACGGCGACGGCGACAGCGGCGGCCCCGAUGACUACGACAUGGACGAUGAGGAGGUCGAGGAAGUCGACAACAAGAAGGACUUCGACAUCGAGUACGAACCGCUGGCCGGCGCGGCGUCGACCUCCCUUGUCGUCGGCGCCAAUGAGGACAUCGCAAUGGUGCAGAGCAAGAGCUUCGUGUCGACGCAAGGGUGGGACUCGGAGAUGGUCGUGGAUUACAGGAUUAACGAGGACGAGUUCCACAAGAUCAGCUUGUUCCACUGCGAUUUCUUCAUCAGAAAACCCCCUGAUCCCGAUAACGAUGUCUAUGAUUUCAGAGAGAUGUAUGUUACUCCACCGGACACAGAUGUUUAUGCGAUUCCAAAGGUUCUUGCUCCGAUGCCUCAGAAGUAUAUUCGUUGUGCGAAAAGUGAUUAUGGAUGCUACAAUGUUACAGAACCACCUAUUGACGCGCCUAGAGAUCCAAUGUAUAAAUCUGAAAGAGAGAUCCUAAAGGUUUAUUUGACAAAGCACUAUAGGAACCGAAGGUUGGGAGAUCCAGAAUUUGUGCUGGAUUUUGAGGAGAUCUAUGUGAUUGAUUCCAAAACAAAGUCAAUUACUAGAGCAAAAGUUGUGGUUGCAGUCCCGGAAGGAAAGAACAGGGACAGAAAAGAUGACCUUCUUGUCAUACAUGAUAAUGGCAACUCCUUCAAAAUAACCCCUUCGAGUGAAAGAGAGGAUCCCACCACAGUGAUAGAGAGGGAAGAGUGGGCAAAAACUAGACAGGAUAUGGAGAGACAUCUUAGAAAGCUUCGAGACUUCAGUGUUUCAAACUGGUUUUAAUCAUCCUGCUUAAUUUGAAUAUUGCAUGUGAAGGUGAAGGUGAAGAUGAAGAUGCCAGACAGAGUUGGGUGCAUUUUUCGCUCUUUGGAAGUGAGCAUAUGCAGUCAUGUUCGAGAUGUUCGAUGUAUAUCAGCGAGUCUGUGAUAUACGAGUCUGAAAAUGGGACUUAUGUUACAUUCAUGAGCUAGUGAUAAUUGCUAGCUGUAUAAAAGCUUUCUAGAUGUUGAAGAUUUAAAAAGAAACUGUAUAAUCUUCCAGUUGGUAAGCCUGGAAGUGAAUGGACCACGGUAUUUGCCCUGUUGGCUGUAUGUCAUGGCUGAUGAAAAUUCAAAAGGGUGUUGUUCAGUCUUCUUGAUCGUGUUGUAACUAAAGGGUUGUUCUUUUGCAAUGAAACUCAAAAAAAGCUUGAA